GAAAACCCAGUAGUUUCUUUCCAGACGACAGUUUUAUAGACUCUGGAGAAAUUGAUGUUGGCAGACGAGCCACACAGAAGAUCCCUCCUGGUACCUUUUGGAGAUCUCAGGUGUUCAUCGACCAUCCAGUGCAUCUGAAAUUCAAUGUGUCUUUAGGAAAGGCUGCUCUGGUUGGCAUCUAUGGCAGAAAAGGCCUCCCACCAUCACAUACACAGUUUGACUUUGUCGAGCUCCUUGAUGGAAGACGUCUACUGACGCAGGAGGAGAGAAGCUUAGAAGGACCUCAGCGGCAGCACAGAGCUUUUGUGCCCUUGUCCAGCCAUGAGACAGGAUUUAUCCAGUAUUUAGAUUCAGGAAUAUGGCAUUUAGCCUUCUACAAUGAUGGCAAGGAAUCGGAAGUGGUUUCUUUUCUUACUACUGCUAUUGAAUCAGUGGAUAAUUGUCCCAGUAAUUGCUAUGGGAACGGAGACUGCGUGUCUGGGACUUGCCAUUGCUUCCUCGGCUUUCUGGGCCCUGACUGUGGCAGAGCGUCCUGCCCCGUGCUGUGCAGUGGAAACGGGCAGUACAUGAAGGGGAGAUGCUUGUGCCACAGCGGCUGGAAGGGAGCAGAAUGUGACGUCCCGACGAAUCAGUGCAUUGACGUCUCCUGCAAUAACCAUGGCACGUGCAUCAUGGGGACCUGUAUCUGCAACCCAGGAUACAAAGGCGAGAGCUGUGAAGAAGUGGACUGCAUGGAUCCUACCUGCUCGGGGCGAGGCGUGUGCGUGCGAGGAGAAUGUCACUGUUCAGUUGGCUGGGGAGGAACAAAUUGUGAGACUCCAAGAGCUACUUGCCUGGACCAAUGCUCUGGUCACGGGACCUUCCUCCCAGAUACCGGCCUCUGCAGCUGCGAUCCCAACUGGACUGGACACGAUUGCUCAAUCGAGAUUUGUGCAGCGGACUGCGGAGGACAUGGCAUUUGUGUCGGAGGCACCUGCCGCUGCGAGGAGGGAUGGAUGGGCACAGCCUGUGAUCAGCGAGCGUGUCACCCACGCUGCAACGAGCACGGGACAUGCCGGGAUGGCAAGUGUGAAUGCAGCCCAGGCUGGAACGGAGAGCACUGCACUAUUG